AUGUCUCCUAGGCUCCAACCAAGCACAUACGACCAUAGGGUGUGGAAAACAGGGCUUCCCGUCCGCUCAACCGUACUUAAGCCAGGUGUAGAAUGUGGUCAAUCCAUAGAAAGCCCUUUUGCCUCCAAAGCAGCGGCGGGAUGCUUUUCGCCAUUGAUGCAUCAUGAAGCGCUCUUGUACGCCACCAAGUGGAAGAUCCGCCAGACUGGUGACGAUGGAAUCGCUGGAAAAUACGCAAUUUGUUUCAAGCGCAAGCACCACCCCGCUGGAGGACCGGAUGGUUUCCAGGAAAUGAUCGACCUGACACUCUAG